GUAACUAAACUUGAUAAUCUUUUAUUGUAUUUCUGUAUAAAAACAUGUUUUUCGUUUAAAGGUAAAUUAAACAUGUCUUCGUUAGUUAAUUAUGAUUCUGAUGAAACUUUGUCAGAACCCGAUAGAAAAUCGUCUCAUGAAAUAUGCCAUCUUGCAGAAACAAUCAAAGAAAUUAAUAAAAAACAGGAGCAUAAUGAAUAUACAAUUACUCUACAAAAAGAACGUAUUGAACAUGAACAAAAAAGAGACGAUGCGAAUAGAGAUUAA